UGAACCGACAUGAACCUGACAUGAACCAUUCACGGCAUCGACUCGAUUUGGACCGUUGCUUCUGAAUUGCAUUCCCACGUUUCACUCACCCCACAACAGCAACACACACACACACCCCCGCGACGAACUCAUCCCCGCAGCAAUGUCGCCCCUCAUCCGCGCCGUCGCCCGCUCCUCCAGGCCGCUGGCCGUUGUUACCCGCACCCGGGCGUUUUCGGCGGCUGUCGUGACACGGCAAGCCACUCCCACCACCCAAUCCACCCACGAAGACUCUCUCGUCGGGUUCCGGGAAGAAGGCCAGAUCCCCACCAACCACGAGCUGAUGACCGGCAACGAGCGCUACGAGUACCUCGCUCGUUUGGCGGGCAAGGAGCCGUGGGAGGAAAUGCAGCCAAUCUACCUUACUGCUCGUGGGACGACGGCGAACCCGAUUGUGAUUAAGGGUGCGGAUCCGGAGAGAUAUAUUGCGUGUACUGGCUUCCCAGCGGACUCCCAUGAAGCGAUAUGGUUGACCAUUCGUGACCAUGGCAAGAAGAAGGCGGACAGGUGCCCGCACUGCGGGAAUGUGUUCAAAUACGACCAGGAACAUAGCCACGGUCACCAUUAGGAACUUUUUCUGAUUGACUCUGACGAAAUUACAAAUACUUUAUGCAAACCAUGUUUCUGCGAAGUGUGCUCAAUCGAAACGGCCUUGAUUGUGUG